CGGUCAGACAAUACAGCCUUUUAGUACGUAACGUAUAGUAAAUGGGAAUGGGCGAUGAUCCGUCCAGGAGAUAGAGGUCAGUGUUUUGUGCUGGCAAAGUUCACGCGAGCUAAAAUGAGACAAUCGGAGCAAUAUGAUGUACUGUAUAUAACAUAAGGUGGAAUACUCAACUACAAAACACCUAAGGGGACGUACGCACCGCAGCAUAGGUCACUUUUCGGUUACUCAACCCAAUGCAAUACUGCCUGCUGGAGGUCCUUGAUAAAUUGCAAUGGAAACGUCUUUAGCUUCAAUUUCUCGUAACCAUGCCCACUACAAACGGUGCUACGACAUUUUCGAACAGAAGUCAGGAAAGAUCGAACUGUACAAUAAAUGGGCGAGCGAGGAGUUCCCAAACAUCAUUCAAAAUAUAUUUGAUAACAAGACGAGGAUUUCAUGCGGGAGGUCUCUGGGAAUCGGUAGCGGAACGGGAAGCUUUGAAGCAGCUCUGUUAAAACAACUUCAACUUUACUUCCCGUCAAUUCACCACAUCGUAGUUGAACCUUCGGAGACUUAUGUCUCUCAUUACAAGCUUCAUUCCAUCUUAGACGAUGUCCAGUAUGAUUGGCAGCUCAAGACGAUGCAGCAAUUCAAGCAUGACCGUGAUGUUUCUUGUAAUGGGCGAAAAUUCGACUUCAUCAGUGCAGUAAACUCUCUCUACUACGCAGACGAUUUAAACGAGACGCUCCGCUAUCUCGUUGAUCAGCUGACUCCGAAGGGCUGCCUUAUGAUAUUUAUACGUUCUGAAAAGGGAGCCGGUUAUCGGAUUAUUGUUAAUUUCCCCGAGCUGCACCCUGCGUUCGAGGGAAGUUAUUUAAUAUCUUCGCAAACGAUUGUCGAUAUGCUGACUGGAAUGGGACUAAAACACAAAGUGUAUCAUCUGCCGACUAGUGUGGAUUUUUCUUCCGCAAUGAACGAAAGUGAUGCUGAGGGCAACGCCUUGCUGGAUUUGUAUACAGGAAUAGUAGAUUUUCGACAGACAGCACCGCCUUCACUCGUAGAGAGCGUUCUGGAAUUUCUGAAUAAAGAAGAGCGUCCGGACGAAGAAGAUUUAAACAUGCAUGUUCAAAGUCAUCUUGUUUUAAUGGAAUGGGAUAUUAUUUUCAUUGAAAAACAAUAAACAGAUGUAGUAUGUAGGUGCAAUGUUCCAUGAUAUGAUCUAACAGUUUUCGACCAAAAGCUCCCAGUCAUCAAGGGGAUAGUUGAGUUCUUGUUUAAGACUGCAAAUGAAUAUAUAGUGCAUGGUUAUUGCUCCUAUUCUCAUUUAUGACAUUUCUAGUGCCCUUUUAGAACCUAAAAUUGCCAUGAAGGUCAUCUUAGACCCCAACAUACAACAAUACAUGGGCCGGGUGGUCUUGCGUAUUAUAACCAACACGAAAAAGCCAACAAAGAGCCAAUAUAGGCAUUGGCUGGAAAAAAACGCACAAGGCGCUAUUUUGUUUGUGUUCCCGAAAGAAAUUUCAACAAGUCAAACAAAAUCUUGGAACCAGUGGAAUUUGAUCCUGCCAUCUACUGCUUUGCGGGCAGUGACUCUACCACUAGGCCAUCACUGAUCCAUAUGGCACAGUCACGAUGAGCUAGAAACAAACACCUAAACUCUCCUGAAUCAUUAAGACGUAUUAAUAUUCAUUAGUUCGCCAUUAGGUCAAUAUUUCUUUAACAUAGAUGUAACGCUUCCUGGGAGAAAUUUCAAUUGUUUAAAAAUAUUUGUGGCUCAUCCCCAGUAAAUCGGAUCGAUUGAUCGAUCUGUAUUUGAAAAAAAGUCAGAAACAAUCUUGGAAUCAUCGGGUUUUAAGGCCCGGUCACACAGAGGGGACGCACUGCCAGCGCAUUGGAAAUUUGCAAU